UUUUCCCCUACCAAUCAUCGGGCUAAUAUUUUCCAAAUUUCUCAACCAUUGGGGUCGUCCUCUUGACCUGAAACGUCCCCCUCCUUUCUCAGAUUUGCUUCAAUGGAUGAAGUGAUCACAGCCGCUGAUGCUUCAUCCAUCGCUGGAUCGACAUCAUCUGGGUCGUCAAUCAUCCCCAACAACCUCCCUCUCCUCUCUGCCUUCCUUUCCUUCGCUCUCGCUCAAUUUCUCAAGCUCUUCACCACUUGGUAUAAGGAGAAGAGAUGGGAUUCUAGAAGGAUGCUUGGGUCGGGUGGAAUGCCUUCAUCACAUUCAGCAACUGUGACAGCCCUUGCAGUUGCUAUUGGUUUUCAAGAAGGAACUGGAGGAUCAGCAUUUGCCAUUGCAGUGGUUUUGGCGUGUGUUGUUAUGUAUGAUGCUUCCGGUGUGAGACUUCAUGCUGGUCGACAAGCUGAGUUGUUGAAUCAAAUUGUGUGUGAACUACCUCCCGACCACCCUGUCUCUAAUGUUAGACCGCUACGAGAUUCACUUGGUCAUACUCCACUUCAGGUUUGGUUUGUUCAUAUGUAUUUUGCGUAUAUUCAUACAUUCAGUAAUCCUUUAUCUUGUUAGUAACUGAUUGUAUUUUCUUUGCCCGCUUACCAUUCUUGUGGGAAUGGACUCUUAGGAAAUAUGUCAGCAUAUCAUUUUAUUCCUCCUUGUAGACAUGUGCAUUCUUUGUUAAAGUUGAUCAUUUUUCAAGGAGAGUGGUCAUUACAUUUUCUUAAUAUAGUAAUUCUUAUUAUGACUUCAUCCGGUAAAAAAAUUAUAUUCUUGCUACAAAGUGUUCUAUUUCCUGAGAAUGGAAAUGAAACAAUAUUUGAUUAGCUAGACAGAAAACCCACAAUUCAUGAUGGAAGCCAAAAGAAGCAAGGAAUCUGUUCUAUUCACCAUUCACUUCAACUGGCUGUUGACACAUAUCUUAGCUGCUAUUAGUUUAUGAAGAGUUUGUCUUUUUAGGGACAAUGGAUUAAUCUUCAAUGGUCUGCACGGAAAUCAUCCUAAUGCAACACAAAGAAAAGUAAUAUUACAACAUCAUGAUACCUGCUCUUACUAUGCAGAGUAAAAUUGCUCCUCUUUUUUGUUCAAACCAUAAAAACUUGUUCAAGGUCCUUUUAUAACUCUAGUAUUAAAGCUAAUUUGACAAUUUAUCCUUGAAGUUGAUCCCGUACACCCCCCAAUGUGCAGACACAAAAUAACUUCCAGAAAAAUGGAAAUGAAAGGUUACAAUGCUGAAACUUUGUUUUGUGCUCCCCAUAAUCUGUUUUGAGCGGUGAAUUGAUCCUCAACAAUAGUCUGUAACGGUUCCAAUGGAUGUUGUGCAGGUUGUUGCUGGCAGUGUGCUGGGUUGUGUAGUAGCAUACCUCAUGAAAAGUUAACAGUUGCGACAUUUGUUUGGCCUUUUUUCGGUGCAAAGUUAACAGGCUCUUGAUUUGAUCAGCUGCUGCAUUACGAAUCAUCAUCCUGUGAAGAGGAGACAGUGAAACAGAAGGAACACUUUCUGCCCCGUGAGGUUCUAGUUAAGUAUUUAGCUUGUCCUGCUGUCUGGGGUUCGGGAAGCCGCUGUUCAAAUCAUGUGUAAUUAGUCUUCAAGGUUUUAGAAAUAGCUUAUAUUUUUCCUUAGUGUCAGCUGCAUCCAGCAUUCUAAACUGUAGAGCACAACAGAGAUUACCCCCUUCUUCGUACUCGUUUGUAUUUGUGAUGUCGUGGAUGAUCGUAAGUUUAAUUUGUAAUUAAGAUUUAUUAACUAUGAGGAGACAUAAAAUUCCAGAACAA